AUGUAUAUGGAACAUGAGAAAUGGAUGGCUCAACAUGGGUUCAACUACAAGAAUGAGGAAGUGAAGGAGAGAAGGUUUAAGAUAUUUAAGGAAAAUGUGCAACAUAUUGAAAGGUUUAAUCUGGAAGGAAAUCACACAUACAAGCUUGGGAUAAAUAAAUUUGCAGAUCUAACGCAUGAAGAGUUCUUGGCUAAGUAUGCAGGAAAUUUCAUGCCAUCAUUCGAGAUAUCAUUAUCGCAUCAAUCAUCUUUUACAUACAAAAAUGUGAAAGAUGUACCACCUAGUCUUGAUUGGAGAGAUUACAAUGUUGUCACGCCUGUACAAAAUCAAGGGUCAUGUGGAUGUUGUUGGGCAUUCUCAGCUGUUGCCGCAAUUGAGGGCAUAGUAGCCAUACGAUCAGGCAAGCUGAUCCCAUUAUCCGAGCAACACAUUAUAGACUGCAACUACUACUACGAAGGUUGCAUGGGUGGAAGAAUGGAGCAUGCUUUCAGCUUCGUGAUGCAAAACGGGGGUCUUGCAACUGAUACCGACUAUCCUUAUACUGCGACUCAAGGAGCAUGCACCAAUAACAAACCAUCAUCUCUUUUUUCAAAGAUAAAUGGCUUUAGUUUUGUUCCUAGCAGUGAUGAGGCUGCUUUGUUAGCUGCAGUAGCUAACCAACCUAUCUCAGUAGCUAUUGACCCAAGACUCUUCCAAUUUUAUCAUAGUGGGGUUUUGACGGGGGAGUGUGGAACUCAUCUCACUCAUGCAGUUACACUAGUUGGCUACGGUGAAAGUGAAGACGGAAUCAAGUUUUGGUUGCUUAAGAAUUCGUGGGGGACAGGAUGGGGAGAUGGUGGAUAUAUCAAAGUGCAAAGAAAUGUAGAUGUUAAAGAGGGCAUGUGCGGUAUUACAUUGUAUGCUACUUAUCCCAAUGCAUGA